AGUGGAAAGGAAAAGGUGGUGGGUGUGUAGCUUUGCUUUAUGUUUUAGUUCCGUAUGAUUUAUUGUAUUAAAACGUAGUGUUAGUUGUAGUAUUGAUUUCUUUUAUAAAUUAAAGAAACAUUAUUUUUGUAAAUAAAUAAUUAAAACGCUUAUAUAAUAUAGUGUGUUCAAACAAAAUAUUAAUAUUAUUUUUUCUUUUUGUUUUGAAAUAUUUACAUCGAUUGUUUUCAUUUGUGAUGUGAAUUACAAAUAACGAAUUAAGAUAACGUGUCGCAGUGUAAAGUUUUACAUAUAAUCACAAUAAUGGUCAAUAAUGAGGGCAUUAUCGAGCAAUCAGUUAAGAACGGAUAUUUGAAAAAUGGAUGGAAUUAACCAACACAGGUCGAUUUUUAAAUCAUUGCAAUGUCGACACCGUGCCAAAAAGGCGGGAUGCGCCUUAGUGAAGCCCUAGACAACAUACAGCUAGCGUAUAAUCCAAUUACGAAACAAUUACAUUUCGUGAGUCCUAAGGUCGAGAAACCCGCUGAGGACACAUCGGACGACAUAGAUAAGUUAUCUAAAAAAAGCAGUUUUAGUGACGAGGGAAAUUUUUCGAUAUCGACCUGUGAAAAGAGUGAUACUAGUGACUCUCCAAAGAGUACACUCCAGUGGGGUGGCAGUGUGAGUGGGCACCAGCGCGGCAAGGAUGGAGGAUCCUUCUCCAGCACCGUUUCCAGUUUAUCGGAAUGCUCACUAGGCUCGAGCGGCUCAAAGGAAGAUGACCUCUCCGAAGUGACCACAGUACAGGAAAAUGGAAAGUUGAAGAAAAAAGGUCUUUCAGGAUUCUUUAGCAGGGGUGUGUUUCCGUGGAAGAGUAAUUCGUCAAGUAAGAGCCAAGAGUCAAAUCCCUCCUCGACAUGGCGUUUAUUCGGUAGUAAAUCGAACGGAAACCUAGCGAAGAGUUUGACAACCGAAGUCCAGAACUCCUUAUCACCGACGUCGUCGGCCGCAAACACACCGCACCAUCAUAAAAGACAGGGCAGUUCCGCCAGCGAGAAGCAGUUCGAUGACUUAGUCGCGAGUUCAAUAGCGCUGAUACAGCACGAUAGACCAUCAAAUUUACCGGCAAAAUGUACGGAAGAGGCGCUCCGUCACAAGGCAGAACACGCUCGUAUGGUCGAGGCGGCGAGAAGGAGAGUGGAGAGAGAGGCAGCCGCGAGGCAUGCGAGAUUACAAGAGUCGAUACGUAUGGAAGAGAGACUUGCAAGACACGCGAGAGAAUGGACACAGACUAUCUUACCCGAUUGGCAUAACAUGAAAAACGCAAAACGUACUUUGGAACUUUGGUGGAGCGGGCUUCCACCGGCGAUAAGGGGCAGAGUUUGGCAACUCGCCAUUGAGAAUAAACUUAAGAUAACACACGAAAUGUACCAGGAUUACGUCGCCAAAGCGAAACAGAAACUACACGAGGCACAGCUUCGGAGGAAACGGUUAAAAGUUCACGCGAAAAACUCCUGUGAUUGUAAAAACGAGCAGACCAAAACUACAGAAGAUCAAAAAGUCGAAGAUAGGUUAUCCAGUGGUGAAUUCAUAAAAGGCGAAGAGAGAUCAUCGAAAAGAACGGAAAAAAUCUCCAAAAUGGAUGACAGGAUAGAAGAAAAAACGGAAAAACAGAGGUUGGGCUUACCGAGAAAUUUCAGCGAGCAAAAUUUGAAAACGAUGGACGUCGAUCCUGGACCGAAAAAGUGUUGUUCGAAAUCGAAUCCCAAUUUGUUAGACUAUAGCGACGAAUGUUCGAUGGAGUUAAUUCAAUUGGACAUCGCUCGGACUUUUCCGCAUUUGUGUAUAUUUCAACCGGGAGGCCCAUAUUUUGAUGUUCUACACGAGUUAUUAGCGGCAUACGUCUGCUAUAGGCCAGAUAUUGGUUAUAUUCAGGGUAUGUCGUUUAUAGCUGCAGUUCUAAUACUAAAUAUGGAAGCGCCUCAGGCGUUCGUCUGUUUUGCUAAUUUACUCGAUGGCCCGGUUUUACGGGCCGCUUUUACCAGAGAUGGCGCUACUAUGCAGCGGUUGUGGAAGGCGUACAGUCAGCUGCUAAGUCGCAAUCUGCCAGCAUUGGCGGAUGUACUGGCGCCGGAGCUGUACCUUCUGGAGUGGCUGUACACCGCCUUCGCGAAGGCCAUGCCUCUGGAUGCCGCUUGCCGCGUAUGGGACGUGUUCCUACGCGACGGGGACACCUUCCUCUUUAAUACUGCUCUGGGCAUCCUCCAUCUAUAUCAAGACGAGCUAAAAGACAUGGACUUCAUAUCAGCCGCUCAGUUUCUAACCAAGCUACCAGAAGAUCUAGACCCUGAGGCACUCUUCAAGAGUAUUUCUUCAGUCUCCAUGACCCUGGAUGGCAUGUCUUUUGAAGAAUUGGUUUCCUGUUGCCCCCUAGAGAACAGUCUCGAUGACGAUACCCUCAGGUUAUGAUAUAUAUGUGAGUUAUUCAAAGGAAUAUUUAGAUAGUAUUGAAAGAAAUCUUAGAGGCAGCCUACUCGUUCAC